UGGCCUCUGCACACCCACACUUGGUUAGCAAUCCCAGGGCGAGUGACAGAAAUUGUAACCUAUCCGGGAUUAUAACUCUUCUAAUAAACACUGGGGCGGGAGAGGCGGACACGUAUAUCCGAUCGGAACUGUGUAGAGACAGCUGCUAGUUUAAAAACACACACACACCCCACAAACCUACGCCAAGACAUCUCACCUCUGUCUUGUCUUAUAACUCCUGGUGCGUUUGAGCAGUGAAAUUUCUUCUCUAGCAAUGUUGCUAAGGAAAGUCGGGUUUUCUCCAGUCCUGAGCACGGCGCUCCGGCUAGCCCCUUCUGCUACCGGGUCUGCCCGCCCAGCAGAGUCCAGCCUCUUCAUCUACAAGGGGCGUCCGUACGCCAGCCAGGCUGCAGAGGCUGUUUUGGACAAGCACGGCACUGCCUCAGAGACUGAAGCCAAAACCAGCACCGGCAAGAAGACCGCUGACCUGGAAUCCAAGUCGUUUGCAGUGAACAUGUUCAAGGGACAGAUCAGCACGGCUCAGGUCUUUCCAUUCCCCUCUGUAAUGAACGAAGAGCAGACUCAGUUCCUGAGUGAGCUGGUGGGUCCAGUAGCCAAGUUUUUCGAGACGGUGAACGACCCGGUGAAGAACGACGAGCUGGAGAAGGUGGAGGACAGCACCAUGGAGGGGCUGAAGGAGAUGGGGGCUUUCGGGCUGCAGGUCCCCUCUCACUUGGGGGGCCUGGGCCUCACCAACACACAGUACGCCCGCCUGGUGGAGAUUGUGGGCAUGCAUGACCUGGGCGUGGGCAUCACGCUGGGGGCUCACCAAUCCAUUGGCUUCAAAGGAAUCCUGCUCUUUGGAAACAAGCAGCAGAAAGAGAAGUACCUUCCCAAACUCGCCACAGGAGAGACAAUGGCGGCUUUCUGUCUCACGGAGCCCACCAGCGGCUCGGAUGCAGCCUCUAUCAGAACCGUGGCUGUGCGGAGCGACUGCGGGCAGUACUUCACUCUGAGCGGGAGCAAGAUCUGGAUCAGUAAUGGAGGCCUGGCUGAGAUCUUCACUGUGUUCGCAAAGACCCCCGUCAAAGACAAGACCACCGGAGAGGUGAAGGACAAAAUCACAGCAUUCAUCGUGGAGCGAGGCUUUGGAGGGGUCACCCACGGCCCCCCUGAGAAGAAGAUGGGUAUCAAGGCGUCGAACACUGCAGAGGUGCACUUCGACGGCGUGCGCGUGCCCCUGGAGAACGUGCUGGGAGAGGUGGGUGGCGGCUUCAAGGUCGCCAUGAACAUCCUGAACAACGGGCGCUUCGGCAUGGCAGCGGCGCUGUCCGGCACCAUGAAGGGCGUCAUCAGCAAAGCGGUAGAUCACGCAGCCAACAGGACUCAGUUCGGCAGUAAGAUCCACAAUUUCGGAGCCAUUCAGGAGAAGGUGGCUCGCAUGGCGAUGAUGCAGUACGUCACGGAGUCUAUGGCCUACAUGAUCAGUGCCAACAUGGACAUGGGUGCUUCAGAGUUCCAGAUCGAGGCAGCGAUCAGCAAGAUCUUCGCUUCUGAGGCAGCCUGGACCGUGGCAGACGAAUGUAUUCAGAUCAUGGGAGGAAUGGGGUUCAUGAAGGACGCCGGCGUGGAGAGAGUGAUGCGAGACCUCAGGAUCUUCCGCAUCUUCGAAGGAACCAACGACAUCCUGAGACUCUUCGUGGCUCUCAAUGGAUUCCAGAACGCAGGGAAGCAGUUGAAAGGGCUCCAGCAGGCUCUGAAGAACCCCAUUGGAAAUGCCGGCUUCUUGGCUGGAGAGAUCACCAAGCGGGCCAAGAGGAAGGCAGGUCUGAGCUCAGGGCUGAGUCUGCAGAGCACUGUGCAUCCUGAACUGGCAGAGAGCGGGGAGCUGCUGGUGAAAGCCAUCGAACAGUUUGGUGGCGUGGUUGAGGAACAGCUCCUGAAGCACGGCAAGAAGAUUGUGGGUGAGUCUGCGGUGCAUUGUGGGGCGAGUCUCAUCACACCGCGCCAAUCCCAGAGCUGGUUUCUUAAGACUGGUUUAAAGCGGCUUUUGAACAAACCAGUCAGUGGGUCUACAGUGUAAGGU